AUGGCCAAAGUCAUCGACAUGUUCAAAGAAAAAGUCCUCGCAUUGCCCAAAGUGGCAUCAAAAUUCACUGCAUCGGCGAUGCCGAGUUUCAACUCCGCAUCGAUGCCGGCCACUACGACAUGGCCAAAAAAAAAACUCAAUGUCGUCGUCCAAAUCAACAAAGAAGCAAAGUCGCCGGCCCUCGUCAAAAUUGUAAACAAAUUUUCAUCACAUUACAAAAUGGCAACGGAAAUGUUCGAUACCGGGGUAGUCGAUAAGCAGGGGGAGUUGAAGAGAGUGUUGGACUCUCUAUGCGCUCAGGCAAAGGAGCAAGUCAAGAAACAUGGGAAUUAA